AUGGCCCGGGCCUUGGGGGAGGACCUGGUGCAGCCUUCUGAGCUGCAGGAUGACUCCAGCUCUUUGGGGUCUGAUUCAGAACUGAGUGGGCCCGGCCCGUACCGCCAGGCUGACCGCUAUGGCUUCAUUGGGGGCAGCUCAGUAGAGCCAGGGCCAGGUCAUCCCCCUGCAGACCUUAUCCGCCAACGGGAGAUGAAGUGGGUGGAGAUGACCUCACACUGGGAGAAAACCAUGUCCCGGCGGUACAAGAAGGUGAAGAUGCAGUGCCGGAAAGGCAUCCCCUCUGCCCUGCGGGCCCGCUGCUGGCCCCUGUUGUGUGGGGCCCAUGUGUGUCAGAGGAACAGCCCCAGCAUCUAUCAGGAGCUGGCGGAGGCUCCUGGAGACCCGCAGUGGACCGAGACCAUCGGCAGGGACCUGCAUCGCCAGUUCCCUCUGCACGAGAUGUUUGUGUCACCUCAGGGUCAUGGGCAGCAGGGGCUCCUGCAGGUACUGAAGGCCUACACCCUGUAUCGGCCAGAACAGGGCUACUGCCAGGCCCAGGGCCCUGUGGCUGCUGUGCUACUCAUGCACCUGCCCCCGGAGGUGUGCCCUGCCCAUCCCCCCCAGGAGGCCUUCUGGUGUCUGGUGCAAAUCUGUGAGGUCUACCUCCCCGGCUACUAUGGGCCCCACAUGGAAGCUGUACGGCUGGACGCCGAGGUGUUCAUGGCCCUGCUGCGGCGGCUGCUCCCACGUGUGCACAAGCACCUGCAGCAGGUGGGCGUCGGACCCCUGCUCUACCUGCCUGAGUGGUUCCUGUGCCUCUUCGCUCGCUCCCUGCCCUUCCCCACGGUGCUGCGUGUCUGGGAUGCCUUCCUCAGUGAGGGUGCCAAGGUGCUGUUCCGUGUGGGGCUGACCCUGGUGCGCCUGGCUCUGGGCACUGCAGAGCAGCGCAUGGCCUGCCCGGGGCUCCUGGAGACGCUCGGUGCCCUUCGAGCCAUCCCCCCAGCCCAGCUGCAGGAGGAGGUCUUCAUGUCCCAGGUGCACAGCGUGGCCCUGUCGGAGCGGGACCUGCAGCGGGAGAUCAGGGCCCAGCUGGCCCAGCUGUCCGACUCAGCGCCUGGGCCACCUCCUCGGCCGCAGGACCGCCUUCCUGGGGCCCAAGCCAUCUUUGAGGCCCAGCAGCUAGCAGGGGCAAGAGGAGGCGCCAAGCCUGAGGUGCCUCGAAUUGUGGUGCAGCCCCCGGAGGAGCCAAGGCCACCACGGCGCAAACCCCAGACCCGUGGCAAGACUUUCCACGGACUCCUGACUCGGGCCCGGGGCCCUCCCAUCGAGGGCCCCUCCAGGCCCCAUCGAGGCUCCGCCUCCUUCCUGGACACCCACUUCUGA